AUGUCUACAAAUGAUCUCCCAAGUACUCAAAAAGUAGUUUUAUUUGAAGAGAAUAGUGAUUCUGUUGAUGUUAUAAAAUAUACAGACUUCGACACCCCAAAGAUUGCCGCCCCUAACGAAAUCAUUAUUAAGAAUAAGUUUGCUGGUGUGAACUUUAUUGAUUCAUACUUCCGUAAGGGAAUCUACCCAUCCCAAAAACCUCAUAUAUUUGGUAGGGAGGCAGUUGGGGUAGUUGCUGCAGUUGGUGAUAAGGUAACCAAAUUUUCUGUUGGAGACAAGGUAGCCUACUUAUCGGGAUCGACGUUUGCUCAGUAUACCAAGUUGACAGAUUCUUAUGUUCAGAUCUUGAAAUUAGACCCUAGCACUUCUGAUGAAUCUCUCAAAUUCUACGCGGCUGCGUUGUUACAAGGAUUAACGGCACUCACAUUUAUCCACGAAGCCUAUGCCGUUAAAAAAGGGGAUUAUGUUUUGGUCUGGGCAGCAGCUGGUGGAGUUGGAAAAAUCUUGACUCAAUUGAUUUCGCAGCAAGGCGCUCAUGUUAUUGCCAUUGCAUCCACGGAGGAAAAGUUGGCAUUAGCUAAAAAGUACGGUGCUGAAUAUGGAGUGAACCACCUUACUGAUGAUAUUGUUGAGAAAGUUAAAGAAAUUACCGACGGUAAAGGGGUCAAUGCGUCUUUUGACAGUGUUGGAAAGGACUCGGCAGAGAUUUCUCUUACGUCAUUAGCAAGGAAAGGUACAUUCGUCAGUUAUGGUAACUCUUCCGGAGUUGUUCCACCAUUAUCUAUAAAUAGGUUGUCACCAAAGAAUUUGACUGUUUUAAGGCCUCAAUUGUUGGGAUAUCUUACCACAAGCGAAGAAUGGGAACAUUACGUUCGUUUGUUAUUCAAGCUAAUCGAUUCUGGAGAUUUGAAGAUUGAUAUUCUGAAAACAUAUCCAUUAUCUGAGUAUAAGCAAGCUACAUCUGAUUUAGAAGGAAGAAAGACUACUGGUAAACUCGUUUUGGAAGUUCCACAAUAA